AAUUACUUGUACAUAAAAACAUGAAGAGAGUAGUAUUAAAUUCAUCUGCUAAAGCCUCAUCAUCAUCAUUAAUUUGCAAAAAUGGUAAAUUUGUAGAGCAAACAAGAGGCUUUCAAGAUCACUCAAAUUUUAAGAAGGGAUUAAUUUUAACUACACAAACAGGUAUUGAUGUAAUGAAUAAUUCAUUAUUAAAUAAGGGUACUUCAUUCUCUAUAACUGAAAGAGAUAGAUUACACAUCAGAGGUUUAUUACCUGCUGUUGUUGUUGAUAUUGAAACUCAAUUAUUACGUAUCACAGAAAGAUAUAAUAGUUUACAAACAGAUAUUGACAAGUAUCAAUUUUUGACAGAUGGUGGUAGAAUUUUAGGUCUCGGAGAUCUUGGUGCAAAUGGUGAUGGUAUUCCAAUUGGUAAACUUGCUUUGUACGUUGCUGCAGGUGGUAUUAAUCCAGGUAGAGUUCUUCCUGUUAUGUUGGAUGUUGGUACAAAUAAUGAAAAGUUGUUAAAUGAUCCAUUGUAUUUGGGUAUUAAGAAAAAGAGAUUGACUGGACAAGAAUAUUUUGAUGUUGUUGAUGAAUUUAUGGAAGCAAUUACAACAAGAUGGCCAAAUGUUUUAAUUCAAUUCGAAGAUUUUACAAGUGAUAAGGCAGAAGUUGUUUUGAAGAAGUAUAGAAACAAGUAUCUUUCAUUCAACGAUGAUAUUCAAGGAACUGGUUCAGUUAUUGUUUCUGGUAUUCUUAACAGUUUGAGAGCUAUUGGACAAAAGUUUGAAGAUAUUAAGGAUCAAAAGAUUAUGAUUGUUGGUUCUGGUAGUGCAGGUUUGGGAGUUACUAAUAGUUUGAAAGAAGCUAUGGUUCGUGAAGGUUUAGAUGACGAAGAAGCACGUAAAAACUUUUAUAUUGUAGAUAAGGAUGGUUUAUUAACCUCUCGUAGAAUUGAAGAAGGUGAUGAAAAGGGAAUUCAUUUCACUUCAUCACAAAGAUACUAUGCUGAAGUUAGAGAUGAUUUACCAGAAGGAUUAUCAAUUCUUGAAACAAUUAGAACUGUUAAACCUGAUAUUCUUCUUGGUCUUUCAGGUAUUGGUGGACUUUUCACUGAAGAUAUUCUUAAAGAAAUGAGUAAUCAAUGUAAGCAAAGAGGAAAGGAACCUAUUAUUUUCCCACUUUCAAAUCCAACAAGCAAAUCUGAAGCAAGUGCUGAACUUGUCUUUAAAUGUACUGAAGGAAAGGGUGUAUUUGCCAGUGGUUCACCAUUUGAUUUAGUAACUUUACCAAAUGGACAAGUUAUUAGACCUCCACAAGCAAAUAACAUGUUUAUCUUCCCUGCUCUUGGUCUGAUGAGUCAGAUAUCUGGAUGUAACACAAUUACUGAUAAUAUGCUUUAUGCUGCCUCUAAGGCUCUUGCUGCUACUGUUUCAGAUGAAGCAAUUUUAAGAAAGGAAGUUUAUCCAAAAGUUGAAGAUAUCAGAGAGGUCAGUAAGAAAGUUGCUAUUGGUGUUAUCAGACAAGCAUAUGCUGAAGGAAAUGCUCCAAAGUUGGCUAAUAAGUCAAAGAGUUUCAUUGACUCAAAUAUUGAAAUGGACGAAUAUGUUGGAUCUAGAAUGUGGAAUCCAUCAUAUGUUCCAAUUGUAGUUAGACAAUAAUUAUUUAUUCAACCAUUGCUUCAUCUUUUUCCUUUCCAACCAAUUGUACAGUUAUUGAAAUAGGGUUAUUUAAAGUAAAGUUUUUGAUUUCUAAU